AUGAAAAGUGAAGAUCUUCAAAAACUAGUACUUUCAAAGUAUGAAAACGGUGAAAGUGCAACGAAGAUAUUUGAUGAUUUACUGGGUGCGGUUUCACGUAAAACGGUUUUUAAUUGGUGCAAAAUGAUCCGCGAAACAGGCUCUAUCAAUAUGUCUACUUCACCAGGCCGUCCACGAACUAUUAGAACCAAGAAAACGAUACAGAAGAUCAAAACCCGUUUAAAACGGAGAAAACGGGUCUCGUCUCGAAAACUGGCUCAUGAACUCGAUAUUUCAAGAACCAGCGUUCGUCGUAUUUUAACGGAUGAUCUGGGACUUCGGCCGUGCAAGAAAAUAAUUGCUCCAUUGAUGACAGAUGCUCAAAAAGCCAAGAGAAAAACAUUUGCAAAUUGGAUAAGAACAAAUUUUAAAAAAGAAGACAAUGAAAAUCCUGUUUUCCGACGAGAAAAUGUUUGA